AUGUAGGAGGUCAUCAUAUUUAUCCAUCUUGGCAUCAUUUUAGUGCUAUGUUUGGCUUAAUAAGACAAUCCGGCUCAUCAGUCAUCUUAUGGGGGUGGUACAAUGUCAUUUUCCCAUCCUUGCUUUUUUAUGUGGAACAAAUUUUUUGCCAAUAUUAUCUAUUCAAAUAUCAUAUUUAAAAAAACAAUAUUUUAAGAGUUAAGAUUCAUUAAGGAUAGAAAUAGAGAGCAGAAACUCUCGGUUCUAGGCGCAAUAGGCCCGCGAAGAAGAAUAAGGAUGGAAUCUACUCAAUCUAGGUCCGAUGAAGCAGGUUCAAUGGCCGCAGAAAUCUGCAGCCAAAUAGCAUCCAUAUUCUCAAAGCCCACCCACCCGUACCCGCCCCCGCUUGACGUCUUGGUCAACGAGCUCACCGCCGUAGCCUCUCGAAAAGCCCGCGUUUUCCUCUACGGAGUGGGCCGCGAGGGCCUCAUGCUGAAGGCCCUCUGCAUGCGCCUGGCUCACCUGGGCCUACAGGCCCACCUGGUGUUCGACAUGACCACUCCUCCCAUCGCUCCCGGCGACCUGUUGGUGGCCUCCGCCGGCCCCGGGGGGUUCUCCACCGUGGAGGCCAUAUGCAGCGUGGCCCGAUCCAACGGCGGGAGGGUCCUCCUGCUGACGGCCCAGCCGGAGAGGGGGUCGUGCGUGAGACACGCGAAUGCGGUGGCUUACGUGGCAGCGCAGACGAUGGCGGAUGAUGAAGAGGGUGAGGGGAAUGAGUUGCUUCCGAUGGGGAGUUUGUACGAAGGGGCUCUUUUUGUGGUGUUCGAGAUGGUUGUUUACAAGCUUCGAGAGGCGUUGGAUCAGACCCCUGAAGCCGUUCGAUCUCGCCACACUAAUCUUGAGUGAAUUUAAGUGUCAAUGUGUCAUGUCCAUGUCACUAUUUGGGUCAUAUCUUCAUCUGCUCACCCCAAAUAAAUGUACCCACUGUUCUCUAAGGUUCUUGAUAUCAAUUAAGCAGCUAAGUACGCACCAUUAGUAAGAUAUUUUAUAAGUUCUUUUACCCAAA